CACAUCCGGUCUACAUUUAGUAAACAGUGCACGGUUAUGUUCAGCGACACUCACAAACUAGUCGUGCUUUUGUGAUUACAAACCUGUCAUUUCCUGGCCCUUUUUGGACUACAUUGUGGCGUGCUUUAUCACUGUAUAGUCGUUUAUAUUUAUUGUUUUGUCGAUCUGAAAUGACGGUCGCGAAAUGGGCUAACAGUUAGCUAAAAAACAAGCGUUAGCGUUUUCGCGGUAGCUGUUCGACUUUUUGACGCUAUUUUUUCUGUCUGUGGUCACUGGGACUCUCAUGGUGGUGGCACUUCAAUGGGGAACUGUCUUUUUUCUCAAGGAGCAGACGACGUAUCUCUGCUGAACGAGUCUGAGGGGGGCAGUCUGCCCGGGGAGCCUCCGCCGCCAUACCAGGAGCGUCCACAGCCAGUGUAUCAUCCUACACCAGGUGAGAGCCGUCUGGCGAGCCAGCUCACUGAAGAGGAGCAGAUCCGCAUCGCCCAGCGCAUCGGGCUCAUCCACCACCUGCCUAAAGGCAUCUUUGACCCUGGUUCUGACCCUUCUGACAAGAAAGUGAAAGAGUGUGUGAUCUGUAUGAUGGAUUUUGAAUAUGGCGAUCCUGUUCGAUUCUUGCCCUGCUUACACAUUUACCAUGUGGAUUGCAUUGACCCUUGGCUGAUGCGCUCCUUCACCUGCCCCUCCUGCAUGGAGCCAGUGGAUGCUGCUCUGUUGUCCUCUUAUGAAGCCAACUAAGUAACACCUCACACCUGACUGCAUUUUAUUACAAAGCACCUUCGCUGUCUUAGCUGUUCUACCAAGUGUAACCCAGGUAAAGAAGAAUGCGUUUUCAACAACAGCACAGUCUCCCUUGAAAUGGGAAAUUAAACCUUUUCGCCUUUUAUGAUUGGGCAGUGUGCCAUAUGAUGCAUAAAGAUGAUUAUUCGAUUUUUUAGGUAGAAGGUUAACAAUGCAAUGUAAUCAAAGUAUUUUUUAUUAUAUUCUAUGUAUUAUGGUUUAGUGAAAGUGUGUCCUUUAUGUAGCUUGAUGCAUUGUGCAAUAGGAAAGUCUAAAAUAGUUGUUGAAGAUUACUGGAAAACCUUGUUACCGGGGCAAGCAUGAAGUAACAUAGGGCUGGGCAAUAUGGCAAAAAAUGCCUUGUAGGGAUCGGUCAUGAUUUUUUUUCAAUAAAUAUGGCUGUAAUUACUAUUAAUCAUAAACGUAGGCACAACAGACCCGAGUGAAUGAUGAAGACACUUGCCUGAAAUGCAACUGUGUAUUUGUUUAGACAUCUCUAAGGUUUUCUUGUUCUGUAAUUUGGGUUUGUGUAAUCCUCUAAUAACAGUGUGGUAAUAAUAAUCAUAAUGCUGUGUUCUAUUCUGACAUUACAGUCAAGAGUAACUGCUUUAUGACCUCUUUAAACAGGUCGUAUGUCUACCACACUGUGCUCAAACACAGUAACAUACAGUAACAAUUUGCACUAGUGUUAUGGUAGGAUCAUUGAAUGUAAAUAAAUAUUUUUGAAUAUUU